AUGAUGAAGAAAACAAUUAUUUUGCAGAACGCAAUUGCCUUCUGCGCAACCCUGGCGACGAUCCAACUCUGGGAAGUGUUUACUGCCUCCAUCAUGAUUAUUGCCUACUUCUACAUUUUAUUAAUUUGCUUAUUCAUACAACGAAGAGCCUUUCACCCGUUUUUUGUGAUCUCCUUCGGGCUGCUCAUCCUCAGCUACGCCCUCUACCCCACCUUUCAACUUAUUUUCAUGAUUUUCACGCAGCUCAAGUGGACCCAGAUCAACAUGGUGGUGCAGCAAAUCUGGUGGCCAAUCUACUAUAUUAUGGUGCCAUUAAAUGUGAAUUGCACGCUAGAACGUCUAUUAGCUACCGUAUACUACGCAAAAUAUGAGCGGAUGAGACCGUGGGCGCUGUUGUUGAUCCCGGGGAUUGUUGUGCCCGUCUACACCUUUCUGGCGAUCGGGAGAAUAUUUGGCGUCGCCACUACUGCCUUCAUAAAUUGGUCCGUUUAUGGCGGCUCCGGGCUGUCAUUUGUGAUACUUUCUAUCGUCGCUGCGACCAACGUCUACCGGACGCUACAACUCGGAAAAGCCGGAACAAAUGGACUAACUGCUAGGUUUCAACUGGCUGAAAAUAUCCGAACAGCCCAAAUCUCGUUGAGCUACGUGCUCCUCGACAACAUCAUCAAGCUGUACGAUAUUUUCUGGAAUGGCGUAUUUACCAUUAAUGCGUUAUUCGACCGAAAUAGAUGUGCACGAGAAGGCGGCGGAUAUGUGGCGCUGCAAUUUGGAUACCUUAUCAUUCGCUUCACAAUGGCCCUCAACUAUGCUCUCGUUUUGACGAUGUUGGCGGUUUUUCUGAUGUGUCUUUUGGAGAGAACCUUCGCCAAACCAAUGUUAAUAGACACCUCGGACGAAUCGUCGUAUCCCUCUUAUUCGGAUGAAAUCAUUAUUGAAGGCUCCGAUGGCGACGUGGUGGUGGAAAAAGUGACAGCCAUCUUCUACUCUGAUUCCUUGGAGUAUGACUCGGCAUUGGACAGCUCGUUUGAUGACGCGAUGAUAACUGCUGAAGUGAUCGAGGAAGAACCGCCAAUGGCUGCCUCUAUCGUCAAGGACUCAUUCGUCGUCAUUAAU